AUGAGAAAAAUGUUCUUAUCAGAUAUACAUUUAAAUAAUUCAUAUUUGAAUAAACUGUGUCAUGUGGAGCAUCUGCACAUAGGGGGCGAUGAAUUGGAAUUCAAAGAUAUCACCAACCUCAUUAGGUUAUUAAAGUAUAAAGAGAAUCUCCAAUCAUUUCAAAUAUCAUUCAGUCGACAUCGGCUAAGCUUGAAUGAUCGACUGGAUAUAUUAGGAGAUGAAGCCGACAGCUUCAUAUUUCCUUUCACGUUAUUUGAUGAAAAAUUAAAAGUGUGUUCUAUUAAAGCUCUAAGCUUAUAUCGUAAUUGUCCAAUAAUGUUUGUUGUUGAACGAAAAUUUGAUAAUGAUAAUAUGCUAAUUAAGUUUGAAGAAAAGGAUAUUUUCCUAUUCUCACAAGCUUAUACAAGCAGCCUGAUUCAUGGAUUCAAAAAGCAUGCCGUAUAA